AUGGACAGAGGCAUUGAAUUUGACGUCCUCGACGCCCAUGGUACUGAGUACCAUCGUUGGGUCUCGGACAUAGAACAGACCUUCAUCGCUAAGGAUCUGACCGAGACCAUAUUCCCCGAUCCAGAUCAGGAACCGCCUAGCAAGAGAACAAAAUCUCAGGCACUCAUGUUCCUUCGUAAGCAUAUCGAUCCCACACUGCGCAGGCAGUAUCAAUCCAAGCACGAUCCAAAAGAUCUGUGGGAUGCCCUUGCCGAACGCUUCGGCAACAUUCACUCGACCUUGCUCCUAGAACUAAUUGCUCGCUGGGAUGAAAUCCGACUUUUGGAUUACAAGAAGGUUGAUGACUUCAACAGGGAUAUGCUUUGCCUACAAGCUCAACUAAGCUCAUGUGGAGUCGAGAAAAGUGAUGCCGACAUGAUCGAAAAGACUUUCUCGACCUUCCCUUCAGCUGCUAAGAUCCUCAUGAACCAAUAUCGGCUUGAGUUCACAAAUAAGAGGAUUACUACAUUUAGCGGCUUAAUGACGCAACUCCUUAUGGAAGAAAAGAAUAAUAUGAUCAAUGAUCAGCAUAAUUUGCGUCCUGUAGGCACCCGGAAAAUUCCAGAAUCUAAUUACAAUUGCAACCGGAAUAAGAAAGUUCCGAAACGCAAGGAUCAACAUAGGAAUGAACCUUAUGCACGUGGGAAUCAACACCACCGUGCCUCUAGUUCUCGGGGACAAGGUAGCGGCUUUAGUGGCCGUACCAACUCAUGGCGUUGA